AUGCGACAGCAAAGAGGUUCCAUCGAGCCCUUUCUGUGUUAUGAAGAAUUUUCUUCUUGGUCAAAAAAAUGGGGCUAUGUUUCUAGUUCUGCUCCUCGUCCAUCGAACCCAAAGGUAGAAGGGUAUCUGUCUUCCUGUGACACUUGGGAUUGUGAUAAUGCCCAAGUUCUUACCUGGUUUCACAACUCUGUGGAUGACCGUAUUGGAAUGAUGUUUUCCAAGUACAGUACUGCCAAGGAAGUGUGGGAUUAUUUACUCGGUGUUUAUCAACAGUCCAAUUUUGCCAAGCGGUAUGAGUUGGAAACAACUAUUCAGGGUGCUCGUCAGCGGGAUCAAACUAUUCAGGACUUUUAUAUUGAGAUGACAGGUCUCUGGGAUCAGUUGGCUCUUAUGGAACCACCUAGUCUCAAGAUACUAGACACUUAUAUUGAGUUUCGGGAACAGGGUCGUUUAGUCCAGUUCUUAACAGCUCUCUCCCCUCAGUAUGAGGCUAUUCGAGGUGGCAUCCUUCACCGAUCUAAGACAACAAAAAUCACAAUUUACAAAAUAAAGCCAUAA